AAACUUGUUGAAGGAGCCAUGCAACGUUUGCCAGCCACCUUGUACCGUAAAAUAGCCCGUCGACCAUCAUGCGACGUGUUCAUAAAUCACCGAGGAGUCGAUACAAAGAGAAACUUCGCGGGGUUGUUGUACGAUCGUUUGACGAAAAUGGGAGUGAAAUCAUUUUUGGAUAGUAAGAAUAUGAAACCUGGGGAUAGGUUAUUUGAUCAUAUUGAUAGAGGAAUUCUUGGUUGCAAAGUUGGUGUUGCUGUUUUUUCACCAACUUAUUGUGACUCUUAUUUUUGUCUUCAUGAACUUGCUCUUUUUAUGGAGUCCAAAAAAAGGGUUAUCCCAAUUUUUUAUGAUGUUAAACCUUCUGAGCUCGUUGUUAAGGACAAUGGUACUUGUCCUGUUAAAGAGCUUCAAAGGUUUAGUGCUGCAUUAGAGGAAGCUAAAUUCACUGUGGGAUUAACCUUUGAUUCUUCAAAUAGAGACUGGUCGGUGUUGUUAAAAGAUGCUUCAGAAGCAGUAAUCAUGAACUUGUUGGAGGUAGAGGAACAGCGUAAGCUCAUGAAGAGGAAAUACUGA